GCUCGAUCAACACUGAAACACAGGCGCUUCUAAAGCCGGGGGUUAGAGAAGACAGAGGUGGAUUUUCUGCUGCUUUAGAAGCUGAUGGUCUUCUAGAGUAUGACUUAUGGCUGGAGAUCAUCUCUCACAGGUGCUGAAAGGUCCACAAUGCUCCCUCACAUGUAGCAUCCGCAAAAUGGAGCUUCUUUGUGACACAGCUCAAUAAAUGUAUGAACUGUCCCUUUAGUGGUUUCCGAAGCUGUUGUUUUUGGAAGUGAAGUUCUGGAGGUGCUAUGGGUUGGUGACAGGAGCUCCUGGUGUUGCUGGUUUUACUGUAUGCUUGUAUGAUAUUGUAUAGUCAUGUAUGUUAUUGGUUGAGUUUGUUUUUGGAAUUGUUUGGGCACUUUUGUUGAAUUUUAAGGACAGAAUUUUUGAGUUUAUCAACUUCAGAGAAACAGUGAAUGUAGUUAAAUUAAAAAAAUGCACAAUUUUACCUGAAAUUUAAGUAUAACAAAUAUACUGUUUCCUUGCUGCAAGGAAAAAUUAAAAAUAUUCUAAUAAUAAUAAUUUUCAUUAACGGACUGUGGCUGAUGACCUGCAUUACGAUUUAAAUUUGACUUUUAAUCUGCACAUUUUUAUCUGUAUUUAUUAUAAUUGAGAUGGAAAACUUUGUCCGUCCACUUGUCUCCUGGUAGCUCCAAUGUUGUAGCGGUGUUUGGUUUUGUCUUUUUGUGUGUGUGUGUGUCUGUGUGUGUGUAUGAAGGAGAGAGAGAGUCAUGUGUGCAGCGUGUUUGUGUUUUUUUUUUUUUUUUUCUCCCUUGCAUAGCCAGGCAGUGUGUUUGGAUCCCACCUCCCUCUGCUGCUCUGCCGGCCCCUCUGUAGCUUUAAGUCCUGCCCCUCGGAGCCAGCCGACAGCAGCUGUUCCAUAUUCAUCAAGCCCUUGAGUCUUAAAGAGCCCUAUCCCGAGCAUGGAAAGAGUCAUUCUUCUAGCCGCCGCUCUCAGGCUCUCUCCAUCUUAGCGCUCAUCCCACUGCUGCCUGCACUUCUCUCUCUCUCUCACUCUCUCUCUCUCUCUCUCUCUCCCCUACUCAAUCCCUCCCUCCCUUUAUCUCUCUGUCUCUCUGUCCCUCCCCCUCUUCACUCUCUCCCUCGCUCCCUCUGUCAUACACGCGCAUUCACUCACAUUCACUCAGACAGGCACUUUUUUCUCUCACUCACACACACUGACGCACACACACGUAUAUAAAUACAUAUACAUAAACACACUACACAUGCUUACACACAUACACACGCUGCAUGCCCACUCAGUCCAUCCAAGCCCGACAUACCUGUGCAGGCUGGGGGUUACACUGCUGGACGUGCUGUGGUCCAGCGCUGUCUCUGAGCGUGCUCUGCUGUCAUUUGGGGGAGAAGCGGGUCUCAGUUGUUUCCUCUUUCCUCUUCCUCUCAUUCCUGGAAUGCUAAAACUGGACUGAUGGACAUUUCAGAACUUUGUCUUCCAGACCCUCUCAGCUAUCAUAACCAGGCUUUGUUGUCCAAUUCAUUAGAGAGAUUCCUGAGUCCACUGGCCACGCUGGAGCCCUCUCAUUUCUGGCUGCUGAAUAGAAUGGCCGCUGAUGACCGGCACCUGUCCUCCAGCUGUGGGUCCUACAUCAAGACGGAGCCGUCCAGUCCCUCCUCGGUCAUCGACACAGUCAGCCACCACAGCCCCAGCGGCAACUCAGACGCCAGCGGUGGUUAUGUCAGCACCAUGAACAACCACUCCAACGGCCUGGACUCUCCUCCCAUGUUCACCGCUGGCGGACUCGGGGCGGCCGCCUGCCGCAAGCGCUACGACGACUGCUCCAGCACCAUCAUGGAGGAGUCGUCCAUAAAGUGCGAAUACAUGUUGAACUCCCUCCCCAAGAGGCUGUGCCUGGUCUGUGGAGACAUAGCCUCGGGGUAUCACUAUGGCGUGGCCUCUUGUGAGGCCUGCAAAGCCUUUUUUAAAAGGACAAUACAAGGUAACAUAGAGUACAGCUGUCCGGCCACAAACGAGUGUGAGAUCACGAAGCGAAGACGCAAAUCAUGUCAGGCUUGUCGCUUCAUGAAAUGCCUCAAAGUGGGGAUGCUCAAAGAAGGUAAGAAGAGGGUUCGUCUGGACCGCGUGCGAGGGGGCAGACAGAAGUACAAGCGGAGGUUGGACACAGAAAACAACCCGUACCUCGGCCUGACGCUCCCCCCUCCCACCAAGAAGCCCCUCACAAAGAUAGUGUCUCACCUGUUGGUGGCGGAGCCGGAGAAGAUCUAUGCCAUGCCUGACCCGACCAUGCCCGAGAGCGACAUCAAGGCUCUCACUACGCUCUGCGACCUUGCCGACCGUGAGCUAGUGGUCAUCAUCGGCUGGGCCAAACACAUCCCAGGUUUUUCCACCCUGACGCUGGGAGACCAGAUGAGUCUGCUGCAGAGCGCCUGGAUGGAGAUCCUCAUCCUCAGCAUCGUGUUCCGCUCGCUGCCGUACGAGGACGAGCUGGUGUACGCCGAGGACUACAUCAUGGACGAGGAGCACUCGCGGCUGACGGGCCUGCUGGACCUCUACGUGUCCAUCCUGCAGCUGGUGCGCAAGUACAAGAAGCUGAAGGUGGAGAAGGAGGAGUUCGUCACGCUCAAGGCCAUCGCUCUGGCCAACUCAGAUUCCAUGCACAUAGAGGACAUGGAGGCCGUCCAGAAGCUUCAGGACGCCCUACACGAGGCCCUGCAGGACUACGAGAGCAGCCAACACCCGGAGGACCCGCGGCGGGCGGGCAAGCUGCUCAUGACCCUGCCCCUCCUGAGGCAGACGGCCACCAAGGCAGUGCAGCACUUUUACAGCAUCAAGGUGCAGGGAAAGGUUCCCAUGCACAAACUGUUCCUGGAGAUGCUGGAGGCCAAGGUGUGAUCAGGACUGGACUGGUCUGGACUGGUCAACGGCCGCAACCCAGGGCCACGACAGGAAAAAAGAGACUUGAAACAAGGUUGAAGGUACUUAAAAAAAAAGAAAGGUGAGGGAGUUAAGGGGGGGGGGCCUUGACUAACUGUACUACACAGGACGAAGAAUGACCUGCCCCUGGGGGACCCUCCUGAAAACUUGGGGCACUAAAUUAAAAAAAAAAAAAUGAAAUGCAAAACUUGGCUAUUAGUAUAAAUAUUUAAAAAAA